AUGGAAAACAACACACGAGGCGAUUUGUCGGACAUCGUUCGAGCCGCUGCCCUCGACUGGCCGUUACCUCCGGCCGGCGCGGGCGACCCGAUCGGCUGCCCGGCGGACCGAGACUUCGGUGACCCGUUUAGCUUAACGGGAGACCCCCUUCUCCAUAACCUAGAUCCCGAGCCUCCGGUUUCAUCAGGGUUCUUUUAUGGUUCGGGUGCCGUGGAUCGGGUGGUGAAUACGCCGCCGGGUAAUAUUUUCUCGAAGAUGUUGCAGAUUUCUCCGAGCGACGCGAAGCUGCCAUGUGUCCCGGCCGGGGUUUUGAAAGCUCCAGCUCCGAUUUUGGUGUCUAAUAAUAAUAAUAAAAGUAGUAGCAGCAGAAGUAAUAAUAAUAAUAAUAGUCGUGAUGGUGGUUUGAUUUCUUCUCCGGCGAGUGGUGUGCAGAUCUCGUCUCCGGUGAGAAAUACGGGGAUCAAAAGAAGGAAAUGUCAGGCGAAGAAAGUGGUGUGUAUACCGGCGCCGGCGCCGGCGAACAGUAGGGCGAGCGGAGAAGUUGUGCCGUCGGAUCUUUGGGCCUGGAGAAAGUACGGUCAGAAGCCCAUCAAAGGCUCCCCUUAUCCCAGGUAA